CUUGAACCUUCAGGUGUAUUUCGCAAACUUUCCCAUAUGUCUUUUGCAGUGGGCCCGCGCCUGCCUUUUUUGGGGCCUUGUGAGCCCAAAGAAGAUGAAGAAUACCCGAAAGUUGUUGACUGCAGCACUAGCUUGCUCUAAGUCCCACGUAGAAGCUUGCUUAUGCAGGAGUGCAAGAUACAAGAGCAUGCAGGCACGGGGCGUGUAGGAUGGAGGAGAGAUGUCAAUGACAUGAAAGAUGUGGAGCUUGACGAUAAUGCGGCUGAAGAUGGGCAAGCUGGCUGGCUUAGUAUGGAUGUUGCCUGUGAUGACGCCUCUGGUGUCACUGGAUCGGAGUGUCUCGUGUGGUCUAUUGAGAAUGAAGUCUCGAUGGAAGAGGAGCGGGCUCGCAUUAGGGGGUUAAGAUUGCGGGAGCAGCAAAAUGAGCUGCGUGCAGAAUUGAGGAAGCAGAAGCAAGAAGAGUCAUUGAGGAGGGAAAGAGAGAGAGAGAGAGCAAGAAAUCAGAAGAUGAUCUACCUUGCAGGAGGAGAGACACAGGGAUUGAGCAGAAUCCUGAAAACAGUGAAAGUGACAGCUGGGUCGACGCCAAUUGACGAAGUGAAACAGAGGUUGUCUUCAGGGAAAAGGGAUGUUAGAGGGACGGGAGAGCGGGGGGAGGAUUCUGUUAGUCAUGAGAGAGAUGAACCGCAUGAAAACGGUAGGAGAAGCGGACUCUCAGAUCAGUGCAGAUUGGACGAUGGCGCUGUUGAUGAGGUUUCCGCGGAUUUCCACGAUUCGCUACUGUUGUCGUCGCAAGCGCCAUUGGUCGACGCACAAGCCCGGCAGAGCUGUCAUGUCUGCGGCAAAUUCCGACUCUUCUUUUGCUAUGAUUGCAUUGUUCCUCUCGUCAAGCCGAUACCGCGACUGAAGCUUCCGUUUUUUGUGGACAUCAUCCAGCACGGUGAGGAGAACAACAAUGCGACGGGGGUACAGGCCGAGAUUCUUGCCCCGAAUUGGGUGCGAGUUUUCCGGCACGCCAGCGGAAACACGCACCAUCGUCGGAUGCCACCGUCGAAAAUGGAGCUUCCGUUAUACGACCUCAGCAAAACGGCAGUGUUGUUGCCCGGGCAAGGGAUCUCCAAACCCCUCAAGGAGGUGAUCGCACAGAUGGAGGAGGAACGGGUGGCUGUGGGUACGGAAAGGGAGGCACAGGACACAGGCAAUGAACUUGGCGCGCUCGAGAGGGUUGUGGUUAUCGAUUCCAAAUGGAGACGGGCAAAUCCAAUGGCUGCUGACCCGCGGCUGAGGAAGCUGCGGCGAAUCCAUCUAAGCAGCCCGCCGCAGACUGCAUUUUGGCGGAGGGCGCAACCGCACACAAGAGGAUUUAGGGAGGAAGGAGUUUGCACUAUUGAAGCGAUCUUUCUGUUAUGUAGGGAAAUGCACAUGGAUGGCUACUGUGGGCCUGGGGAGGGAGGGGGAACUCGUCCUCCGUGUAGUGGAAGGCCAGUCUGCCAUUGUUUUGACGACUUGUUAUUUUUUUACUCAUUUAUGUGGCAGUAUAUCAGAGGUAAGAACGAACAAAACAGACCACCUGUGGACUCCUCCUUCCAAGAUCGUUUGUAAAUCUUUCUGCCAUUGCCAGUGCAUUGCUCGAUUUCUGACCAGA